CCACUUUUGAGCUAAAAAAAUAUCAGGGCCUUUCACUAUGUGGGAAUUCCCCCUUCUGUUUAAAAACACAGCAAACGCUUCCCCCAUUGCCACUAGUUUCCUUAAAAAACGCCUCUCGGACACAAGUAUAAUGUGUAGAUUAACUAAUGGGGUUUAGAACAGCUGAGGCAGCCAAUUUAGUUUCCUGCAGUACUAAUUAAAGAUUUCAAGAUAACUCACACCAGCAUGAUACAGGGAAACAUGUUUGGUAAGUGACGGGGGUGACAGAUGGAGGGAAAAGGCCCGUAUCGCAUCUAUGACCCCGGUGGGAGCGAUUGCCAGGUGAAAGACGAGGCCAGCAGCCUCAGCUACAGACAGCUGCUAGAGGAAAACGCCGUUUUGAGGGAGAGAAUGAAAGGUCUGAAGAGUUUAGGAGACCUGUUAGAGGAGUCUCAGACAGAGGCGGCCAAGCUUCGGAAGAGGGUAGAGGAGCUGGUGAGGGAUAACGAAGCGCUGAAGUCGUCCACGACCAGCUUUGCCUCCAGUCUGUGCAUGGGCACCCCUGUUCAGACAGACACACAAGGUCAUGGAAAACAUCACGCUCAUCCUACAACAGAAAGACAAGAAUCUCGGGAUUGUUUAACUGGAAAUACUUUACAACCAGAGGCAACUGAAAGUUCAUCUGAGUUUGAGGUGGUGAAUAUGGAAGAAAAGACGGUCUCGGAAACCCAGACGACUGGAGUAAUGCACCUGCCACAGGAGAACAUGGAGCUGGCAAGUCAACUCCGGCGACUGGAGAGUUCUUUUAGUGUAUUUGCUGAAGAGUCCAAUCCUAACCAGCUGCUGGCUCACCUGGGCCGCAUGGCUGUGGAAUUCCACCAUUUAUCAUCGAAGGUCCAGAAGAACGAGCAGAGAACAUCUCUCCUACAGACACUCUGCGAACAAUUAAGACAGGAGAACAACGAGCUUCGGAAAAAAAUGGAGGAGGACCUCCAGUACCGUAACCGUGAUUUGGAACAGCUGAGGCAGGAGAAUUUGAAACUGAAGGAGCAGGUCAAUGGAGGAGCCCAGGCAGCACCUACUGAGCAACCAAGCCCUAAGGAGGAGCCAGUGAAAGAAGAGACAGCCAAAACUAAGGUGGAAAUGACCAUGACUCAGCAGUCUGGUAAAGCUGUGGAAAAAACACCAUCUAAGACUUGCGAUCCGGAGGUGUACGAGAAAAAAAUCAAGCUUUUGGAGAAACAGAGGAAAGAUGUACUGGAGGUGAACAAACAGUGGGACAUUCAGUGGAAUUCAAUGAAGGCACAGUUUGAGCAGAAGAUCACAGACCUACGGCAGCGGCUCGCCGACUCCCAAAAGGCUGUGCUUGAGCUCGAAGCAGAGCGUGAACAGAGACAAAGAGAUUAUGACAAAAAACUCCUCCUCGCAAAGUCUAAGAUCGACAAUGUGCAGGGUGAGAAGGAGUGCCUCACCUCAGAAACAUGUGAGCUGAAACAAAAGGUGCGUUACCUGCAGGACCAGUUGCUACCACUUACUAAACAAAGAGAAUACCAGGAGAAAGAGAUCCAACGGCUCAAUAGGGCAUUAGAGGAGGCUUUGAACCUCCACUCUCCCUCUUCCACCCAGCCAGGCAUGAACCUGGGAGAAGGCGUGGCCAACCUGAGACAGCAGGAACUGCACACACAGAUAGCUGUAUUGAAGGAGCAGGUGAAAAUCUUUGAAGAGGAUUUCCGGAAGGAGAGGAGUGACAGAGAGAGGAUGAACGAAGAGAAGGAAGACCUGAGACGGCAGGUGGAAAGGCUGCAGGGUCAAUUGACCAAUCUGACCAAUCAGCUUCAUCAAGCACAGAAUGAGUGUCAGAGAGAGCGGGCGGAGAGGUGUAAACUAGAGAGACUGCAAAUGCAACAUAAGCAGGAGGGGCAACAGGAAAGGAGGACGUCUGAUCCCACUUCUGGUACGGCCAAUGGCCCGAUGAGCCCUCCAUACUGUGGCCCGUUUGUACAGGUGGGCCAUCAAGGUCUAGAGGGGUGGCCCAUACACUUCCCGCCCAGGAUGCCUAACAUCAGUACAGCACCUGGCAGGGAUUUCCAGCCUGUCAACCCUGGUUUUCCCUGGCAGACAUCCUUCCCACAACCACGUGGUUCCAGAGGACAAGCAGAUACAGCACGACCCCCUCCAGAAACUGCAGAAAUGGGAGCAACUGGAUUUGGGAAAAGGGAGCGUCAGAACAUAGACCCUGGAAAGCACUAACUACAUAUUCUCCUCUCCUGGAAUGGCUCCCGGCUAGUAGCAUGAGGCAGUUUAUUUUCAGUUGGCAUGGCAUUUUUUCCCCCUCCUUUUCCCACUGUAUAUAUAUAUAUCUCUACCACUGAUGAAAAUGUUGUUUAUAUACUUAAGUUUUAUAAUCCUGUUUGUGAAACACUGUUCUGGCAAAUUAAGAAUAUAUACAUUUAUUAUUUUACCUUUUUAUGAUUGUUGAAGUUUAAAUUAUCUGCUUUAUAUAAUUCUAUGCAGGAAUUGAAGUCAGUUAUUUAAUGGAUAAUAUGAUUGAACGUUAUUUUUCUAACAAUCUACCUACAGAGUUAAAUCUCCACUACUUAAUUGGAUAAUAGCCACCUGAAUUCCGUCACAAAACUGACAAUUAGAAAAUAUGUAUCUAAAAAUAGUAACUCUAUAGGUGAAUUGUCUUGAAAAUGGCUAACAGUAGAAUGUGACUGAACUGAUUCAUGAUUCCUUCACUGGCCGUGGUUGAGAUGAUCACAUACUGUUGAACGUCCGUGUGUGUCACCACAGCGUGGCGCUACUCUUUGACUGGUCAUCUGCCCCACUGUUUAUUGAAGCCAUAUACAACACCUGUUAACCUUUUCAUCUAUUAGAUUAUGUUCUGGGAUCACUUUAAGAAGCGCUUCACGUGGCUUGUUGAUCUUUCAGAUACUUGAGAUUGUAAUUUAAACGAUAAUCGAUCGAGGAGGCCAUCCAUCAACAGAAGUAUCACGGUAGUUUUGCUUAAUUUUCAAGAUUCAGUGUUCAAAAACAUUAUUCCCAACGUGCAAAUGAAAGUGAUAAGUUAUUUAUAUUGAUUGUUUUGACUGCUGAGUGUGGUUUAUUGUCUUUAGUAAUGUUGUCUUUAGUGUAUUGUUUUGUGUCUCCCUUUACAUAUUGUAGCUACUGGAAGACUGUAGGAUGUAAGUUUGUGUGUUUGUGCAUAUGCACGAUCACAGGAAGUGGGCCAGAAUAAAUAAGUUAAUGCAUCACAUUAGUGCAUCCCACUUUCAUUGGUCUCAUUUUUGCUUUAGGCUGAACAUGAGGAGACAACCAAAUUACCAAAUGUGGGAUUACAGUGGGUCCAGUGUUGCACUUAAAAACGUUGUAAUAUGUUUGGAACAGGGUAAGAAUCAUAUCCUUUCUGCUUUUACGGUCAUCCGCCAUCAUGAAGGCUGUUUUUCCGCAUGUGUGCAAUGUCUCCAACCUUACUGACCAAUGCUUUGAAACAAACGCAAAAAGGUUUGUAUGCUCACAAAAUAUUCCCGAUGGCGAGCAACUCAUUUGCUUUCAAACGGUGUGGUGUUUGUCAUGUAAAUGUUAAAAAAAAAAGAAAAAAGGCAUUUAUUUUAUGAAUUUGUGGUUGAAUUUAAUGAACAGACCGAGUUGAGAUUAGUGUUUUCAAGUUGAAAUGUCUUUGAGCUGGAUUGCACUCUGAGAUGUGUGCUUUAUUUACUCGUUUCCAUCAUUUAUUGGUUGGCAGUUUUGUGCUUUUUGGAAUGACUUUUUCUCCAGUGGGUGAAAGCAGACCUCAUGUGAAACUUUUGUAAUUGAUUAGUAUAAUAAAUAUAUUCUAACUGUCUAAACCUCUAAAUGUUAUUGUGUGGUAACCAAUAACCAGAAGAAAAAAAAAAAAAAAACACUUUGUUUCUUGCAUUUAUUUACUGAACAUCCGCAGAGGCGGCAACAAGUUCAAAGGAUAGUUUAGGAGAUGAGACAUGACCGAAAAGACACAGCGGAGCAGCCUGAAUGCACUAAAAAGCUGCUCACUGUCCCUCGGCCUCAGGUCAGGCACCACAGAGUCUCUGUUUUCAAGCCUUUCCGUCAUCAACAUGCCAGUCUCCAAACAGACCCCUUGACUGCCUCUGAAAGGAGCAGUCUGAGAAUCCUUUUACUUCAAUUUCAUACUGUCUUGUAACAAUAAUCCAAUUCACAAAGGUUUACAUUUUUUAACUUUGCCACAUGUAUAUAGGGUUUCUGCAGGUCUUAAAGUCUUUAAUUCACCCUUCCACAAAUUAAGGCCUUAGAAGGUCUGAAAUCAGAGCGGAAAGCUUUAAAUAAAGUAAUGGCAUUAAGUGCUCCAUUAAAUCAAGAUACAUAUACUUAAGAUGUGAAGUCUUGUUUUCUGAGAAACUGAACAAAAUUGAAUGAGUUUAUGCUUAAACAUUUUGACAUUUGCACUGGCAAAACGAAAUGGUGAGGCUCCCUAGACAUUAAGAUUUAGAGAACAUAUAGACGUAUUGCGUUUCCUUCAAUUUAUUCCUUACAUUUCAGUGUAAAGGCAGUUAAGAUAGUUUCUAAACACAUUAUAAAUGUUAGCAAUGUAUUGCUAAAAUACAUUACGUAGUAUUGAAUGGUGGAGUUAGAUUGUUCAACAGUUUUUCACCAGUUUUGUUUUCAGAAUUCUUUGGGCGACCUGAAAUCCUGGGUUGCCAGGUUUUCACAGCAAAACCCACCCAAUUGUUACUCAAACCUAGUCUAAAUCUA